AGUAAGAAAUGUGAAAAUGUCAUGUUACCACUAGCUGAAGAUAUCCUGCAGCGCUCUUCAGGAGAAAACCUCAUUACUCUUAAUGUACAUCCAGGACUUCACAGUACAGAUCUGUCAUAUAAUCCUCCUAAUUAUGAGGAACCUUCUCCUGACCAAUCACAGAUUGUUACCGCAAGUACAAGUCAGAAAAGGAUUAAAAGCUUUCAUUGUGGUAAAGAAUUCACAAACAGCUCAGGACUUUCUACACACCGAAAACGUCACAGAGGAGAGAAAAUGUAUUCAUGUUCAGAAUGUGGGAAAUGUUUUUCACGGAAAUCAGAUCUUGUUAAACAUGAGAAAAUUCACACAAGAGAGAAACAAUAUCCAUGUCCAGAAUGUGGGAAAUGUUUUACACGGAAAUCACAUCUUGUUAAACAUGAGAGAUGUCACACAGGAGUGAAGCCAUAUUCAUGUUCAGAAUGUGGGAAAUGUUUCACAUGGAAAUCAAUUCUUGUUAGACAUGAGAGAAUUCACACUGGGGAAAAGCCGUAUUCAUGUUCAGAAUGUGGGAAAUGUUUUACACAGAAAUCAGAUCUUGUUAUGCAUGAGAGAUGUCACACAGGAGAGAAGCCAUAUUCAUGUUCAGAAUGUGGAAAAUGUUUUACACGGAAAUCACAUCUUGUUAAACAUGAGAGAUGUCACACAGGAGUGAAGCCAUAUUCAUGUUCAGAAUGUGGGAAAUGUUUCACAUGGAAAUCAAUUCUUGUUAGACAUGAGAGAAUUCACACUGGGGAAAAGCCGUAUUCAUGUUCAGAAUGUGGGAAAUGUUUUACACAGAAAUCAGAUCUUGUUAUGCAUGAGAGAAAUCACACUGGGGGGAAACCGUAUUCAUGUUCAGAAUGUGGAAAAUGUUUUUCACAGAAAUCAGAUCUUGUUAUGCAUGAGAGAAAUCACACUGGGGGAAAACCGUAUUCAUGUUCAGAAUGUGGAAAAUGUUUUUCACAGAAAUCAGAUCUUGUUAUACAUGAGAGAUGUCACACAGGAGAGAAGCCAUAUUCAUGUUCAGAAUGUGGGAAAUGUUUCACAUGGAAAUCAAUUCUUGUUAGACAUGAGAGAAUUCACACUGGGGAAAAGCCGUAUUCAUGUUCAGAAUGUGGGAAAUGUUUUUCACAGAAAUCCAAUCUUGUUAAACAUGAGAGAAUUCACACAGGAGAGAAACCAUAUUCAUGUUCAGAAUGUGGGAAAUGUUUUACAGAUAAAUCAGAUCUUGUUAAACAUGAAAGACGUCACACAUAUUCGUGUUCAGAAUGUGGGACACGUUUUUCAAAAAAAUCAAGCCUUCUUAAACAUAAGAGGAAUCACACAUAAGAGAAGCUGCAUUCAGAAUGAGAGAAAUGUUUUUACUUCUAAAGCCAUAAUUAGGGGGUCAUCAGUGAAGUCAAACAAGAUAGAAGCCAUAUUCGUGUUCAGAAUGUGGAAAAUGUUUUACAAAAAAGUAAUAUCUUGGUACACAUCAGAAAAUUCACACUGGGUAAAAGCUGUAUUCAUGUUCAGAAUGAGAAAAAUGUUUUUGUUUCUAAAGCCAUAAUUAGGGGUCAUUAGUGAAGUCACACAAGAGAGAAGCCAUAUGGCCACAAUAUAAGGAAACAAUAUAUCACUGAGUCAUAGACAUUGUUUUCAUUUCAGGUUGUAUAUUUGGAUAUAAAAGCUUAAUUGAUGUCACAUAACGGCUUCUAUAAAACAUCUGAUAAAUUC